AAAAAAAAAAAAAAAACAACAAAAAUAUCACAAAAACAAAAAGCUUACAAAAAAGUCUUUUUAAAUCUGUAACACAAUUAACAACGGCGGAAGAGCUGGAAAUCGAAAAAUAAAAAAACCCUAAAACAUGGCUACGCAAAGCCUGAAAUAAAGACGUGUUUGGUUUUGGUUUUUGUUUUUUAUUUUUAUUUUUUGCAUAUGUGCGGGAGUUUAUUCCCCGAAUAUAUAUGUUUUUAUGUAUGCGGAAGUUGUUAUGGUGAAGAGUAUUAUGUCAAACACGAUACAAGAGAUAGAUACAAAAGAGGAAGGGGAGGAAGGAGUGGUGUGGAGUACGUGGGAGGAACUAUUGCUUGCGUUUGCCGUGAAGCGCCAUGGUUUGAAUGACUGGGAUACGGUGGCGACGGAGCUCCAGAAUCGCCACCACCACCACCACCGCGGCGGCAGCGGCAGCUCCUGGCCGUCCUCGGCCGCGUUUACCGCCCAAAUUUGUAAAGAUAGAUACCGGAAUCUGAAACGACGGUUCACCAACAAUCAUCACCACCACCACGACGGGAGUAGUGAAGGCGGUGGUGCCGGAAGCAGUGUGAAUGAUGACGACUCCAAGUUUCAAUCUGAUGAUGACGACGAACACGAUGGAGGUUCAGGUGGCGGCGGCGGCGGCGGCGGGGACGAUGCUUUCCCUUGGCUGGAGGAGUUGAGGAAACUCCGGGUGGCCGAACUCAGGCAAGAGGUUCAUCGGCACGACGCUUCGAUCCGGUCGUUGCAGAUUAAAGUGAAGACGAUGGAGGAGGAGAGAGAGAACAACUUGAAAUCAUCCGACCGAAACGACGACGUGAAACAGCGGGAACCAGAUCUGGAUGACGAGGAAGUAAAACGUGAGGGAUCAGAAAACGACAAAAUAACAGACAGCGGCGGAAAAGAGACACCGCCGGCGGAGGUCGCCGGGAAAUCCGUCUCCGGUUCGGCCGGCGACGCCGAGAACAUAUCAUUCAACGAGUCUAAUUCGGCGGGGAACAGAGGAGCCUUUUUGAAAACCGAACCGGAAACCGAACCGGUCGAGCAAAAACCGGAUCCUCGUGUGAAACCGACUGGCGUCGGGCGAGAAGACUCGUGCAAUGACAGCUCAGACCGGCACGAGGUUUAUAAGAAGAAAAAGAAGAUAACUCAAGUGAAGGAAAAGAACGUCGGCCGGAGCGACUCGGACGAGUCAAAGGAGGAAGGGACGAAAGAGAGCAGUGACGUACAAAGUUCGGCCAGUCUGUUAACGGAUAAUAAGAGGAAGAAGAAAGGGGAGCGUGACGGCGGCGGAAUUGGUACCACCGACCCGAUAAAACGGGAAAGGGGGAAAAGUAGUGGUGGUGGAAAAUUAGAGCCGUCAGCUGUGUUUUCACUUUUGGAUAAAAUACGGGGACACAAACUAGGCUCGGUGUUCGAACGCCGGCUCCAAAUCCAGAAAACAGAAAAGUACAAGAAAACGAUUCGAAGACAUGUCGAUCUUGAAACUAUUCAAAGCCGGAUCGACGAUGGAUCCUAUUUUUCAUGCCCCGACAGAUUUUACGUUGAUCUUUUGCUUCUCUUCAACAAUGCGAUUGUCUACUUCCCAAAGGCUUCUUCCCAGUCAGUAGCAGCGCAGGAGCUUCGUGGACUUGUCGUGAAGGAGAUGAAGAAGAACAACAUCAACAAUAAAGCCUCCACCUCGUCCGAACCUCGUCGACCCGUAAAACUUGAUGAUAACCCCGAGAGAUCAGACUCUUUGCCUCCUAGAAAUAAGCCAACGAACCCUCCCAUUGUUGUGGUUUGCAGGAAGAGAAGUUCAAUUUCAUCAGCUAAAUCUUCAGUCGCCAACAAAGUUGAGAAGCAAAAGGAGAAUGAGAAGCCGUUUGCCAAUUCGAAACCAGUCAAGUCUCCUUCGAGUACCUCAGAUGAAGAGGAUGAGUCGCCGAAGUUAAAACUUAAAGAAAAGCCGGUGACUGGAACAAGAAGCCAGAGGAGAGGCAGUCAAGCUAGGACAAUGGUCGGCCACAAGACAGAACCUUCGAGCAACGUUAGCAGCGUAAAAAACUUAAACACUUCCCAGCAACACGGUGUAAAGGAUAAAGGGGACAACAAGAAGAAGUCCGAAGCCGCUGUCACUACUACUAAAAAGGGCAGUGCCGCAGACUUCCUCAAGAGAAUGAAGAAAAACUCACCGGCAAAGGGGACAGUAGAGGAGACAUCGAAAAAUUCCAAGGAAAAUAAUGCAAAAGGCGGUAAAAAGGAUCAACAACAAAAGAAAAAGGUGGAUGAGGGGAAAGAUGGACCCGCCAGACGAAGCGGUGCUGGCGGUAAAAGGCAAAUAAAAGAGGAGAUUAGUCCCUCCAAGAGGAACACAGGAAGACCGACGAGGAAAGGAAAAGAAGUUGUACCAACCGGAAAGAAGCGGGGUAGGGAUGAUGAUGGAGAAGGAUCUUCACAGAGGGUUAAGAAACGGGCGAGGUAGUUUCAUUCAGAGGUGACAUUAGUUCAGAUUGGGAAAAAAGAUUAGGAAAUGAUAAUUUUUUUUGUAAAGCCAUAGAUGAUUCAAUUUCAAAGUUUAGAAUUUAGAUUUUGAAUGUAAAACAUACUUAGGUUACUGGGUAUCUGGGAAAUCAGAAAAUGAGAUGUAACAUGUUCCCUCACCUUUUUGGAAUGUUUUCUUUCCUCUUGUUGAGACACGUUUUGACUGCACUUCCCAUACUUAAGCGAUUGACGACCCUUAAAUUGGAUUUUUGAGAAACCCAUAAGAAGAUUCCAAGCUUUCAAUGCAAACAAGACUUUCUUUUUUUUUUUUUUUUUAUGACGAA